AUGAUUUCAAAUUCACUGUCGGAGAAUGUUGCUGGCUUUGUAGCUCAUAAAGUCCAUCAAACGUUCAAAUUAAAUCCGAAUCUCACUCAAAAAAAGGAUUCCUUGACUCUUGUGAAGAAUAUCAUGAUGAAUGUUAUAAAAAACUUUUUUGAUGAAAAGUAUCGGAAAAUCAAAAUGUCCAAUCAAAAGUUUUCCGAAAAGGUAGUAAAUGUACCUGGAGCUUUUGAUUUAUUGCUGCAUUCAGGAUUUAGAACGGAUGGAGAGAACGCUUAUUUGCCAAGUGAUGUGAAAGUGGAAGUAUUGGACUUUGUAAUUUCAAUAAUUGAAGGUUAUGAGCAAGGAAAAUUUGUAGUGAGCACUGAAAGGAGCUCAGUACUCAACUCAGUGGAAUCUACACUCAAGUUGAAUGAUUUGAUUAAUGCAUCUGAAAAGUUAAAGAGCGAUCCAUCGAAUUUGGAAUACCGAUUGGCAUAUGCAAAAGCAGCUGAAGAUGUCAAGCAGGCAGACCUCUAUGACCAUUGUAUUCAAAUGCUGACAGAAUCUAUUGAAAAUAUUGUAUCGAACAAAAUACGCGAUGAUUUAUCCAUGUACAAAUUAUAUUAUCGAAUUGCAUCACUACAUUACUCGAAAGGAAAUUUGGACACAAGCUUGGAAAAUGUCAAGUUAUGCGAGCAAUUGAUGGCACAAUGUAAUGACUUGGUAUUUGGUGAUAAUGACUAUGGUUUACUACAUCAUUUAUGUGCUUGCAUUUAUGCGACAAAGAAACAAAUUCCUGAAGCUGUUGCCGAGUUUGAUAAGGCCUUGAAAUACAAUUAUGAAUUAAGGGAUAAUACUUUGAGACAGAAGGGAAAUACCUUGGCAACGCACUAUCUUGACACUUUCAUGAAAGAUAAUACCAACUUUGAGGAGUGUGUGCAAGGUCUGCUCCAUUUAUUGAACACUGACUGUCCAGAGCAUGAAUCAAUUUUACUUGUACUGGGAAUCAUUCAUCAAAGAAACGGUAGUGUUGAAGGUGCUAUUAAGUACUACAACGAGCUUUUGGAAAGGCCUGACAGAGAUGUAGAUGGUGUCAUGCAAUCCAAGGUAAGUUAA